AUGAGUGAAAAGCAGGAUCCACAAAAUGGCGAUCACCAGAACGGUCGCAACGAUGAUGAUGAGAUUCGCGAACCGGAACAUCUCCGUAAGCUGUUCAUCGGUGGUCUGGACUACCGCACUACGGACGAUACGCUAAAGGCGUAUUUUGAAAAAUGGGGCAAAGUGGUGGAUGUGGUUGUAAUGAAGGACCCGAAAACAAAACGUAGUCGCGGAUUUGGUUUCAUUACCUACUCGAAAUCGUACAUGAUUGACGACGCCCAGGCGAGCCGCCCGCAUAAGAUUGAUGGUCGAGUGGUUGAGCCGAAACGCGCCGUGCCACGACAGGAUAUCAACCGUCCAGAGGCUGGCUCGUCAGUGAAGAAAUUGUUUGUUGGCGGUCUGCGCGAUGACUUCGACGAGGAACACCUGCGCGAGUACUUUUCGAAAUAUGGUAACGUCAUUUCGGCCUGCAUUGUGACGGACAAAGACAAUGGUAAGAAGCGAGGCUUUGGUUUUGUCGAGUUCGAUGAUUACGACCCAGUGGAUAAAAUUAUUUUGCAAAAAAGUCACACGAUUCAGAACAAGUUGCUGGAUGUAAAGAAAGCACUGCCAAAGCAAGAUAUGGACAGGUACAAGAACGACAUGGGCCGUACCGGUGGUGGUGGUGGCGGCGGUGGUGGUGGCGGUAGUGGAGCCUGGGGCAACCAACGCGGCAGUGGUGGUGGUGGCUGGAACAGUCAGCGCGGUAGUGGAGGUGGCGGCUGGGGUAACCAGCGAGGUGGUGCCACGAAUGAUUGGAACAGCGGUGGGUUUAAUAAUGGUGGUGGUUUCAACAAUGGAGGUUUCAACAACGGUGGAAACAGUUGGAACAACGGCGGAGGCAAUCCAUGGGACAAUGGGUGCGGUUCACAGGGUCAGGGUGGCUGGGGCAACAAUGGUGGCAAUUGGGGCGGUAACAGCGGCGGUGGUGGUGGUGGAUGGGGCGGAAAUGAGUUCGGAAAUAACUACCAACAAGGAUACAAUGCUGGUCCGGUGCGUGCCGGUGGCAAUUUCAAUCAGCGAGCGGCACCCUACGGUACCGACGGUAGCUAUUAUGGCGCGUACUAG